CCCUGCUGCCGGGGCUGGUGAUUGGAGGAAACCCCGUGUCUGCGGAGCGGCUGUAGCCUGUGAGCAGCGAGAUCCAGGGACAGAGUCUCAGCCUCGCCGCUGCCGCCGCCGCCCAGAGCCUGCUGAGCCUCGGUCCUCGGUCCGCCACCCACUCCGGACACAGAACAUCCAAUCAUGGAUAAAAAUGAGCUGGUGCAGAAGGCCAAACUGGCCGAGCAGGCUGAGCGAUAUGACGACAUGGCAGCCUGCAUGAAGUCUGUAACUGAGCAAGGAGCUGAAUUAUCCAAUGAGGAGAGGAAUCUUCUCUCAGUUGCUUAUAAAAAUGUUGUAGGAGCCCGUAGGUCAUCUUGGAGGGUCGUCUCAAGUAUUGAGCAAAAGACGGAAGGUGCUGAGAAAAAGCAGCAGAUGGCUCGAGAAUACAGAGAGAAAAUUGAAACUGAGCUAAGAGAUAUCUGCAAUGAUGUACUGUCUCUUUUGGAAAAGUUCUUGAUCCCUAAUGCUUCCCAAGCAGAGAGCAAAGUCUUCUAUUUGAAAAUGAAAGGAGACUACUACCGUUACUUGGCUGAGGUUGCUGCUGGUGAUGACAAGAAAGGGAUUGUGGAUCAGUCACAACAAGCUUACCAGGAAGCUUUUGAAAUCAGCAAAAAGGAAAUGCAACCAACACAUCCUAUCAGAUUGGGUCUGGCCCUUAACUUCUCUGUGUUCUAUUAUGAGAUUCUGAACUCCCCAGAGAAAGCUUGCUCUCUUGCAAAGACAGCUUUUGAUGAAGCCAUUGCUGAACUUGAUACAUUAAGUGAAGAGUCAUACAAAGACAGCACACUAAUAAUGCAAUUACUGAGAGACAACUUGACAUUGUGGACAUCGGAUACCCAAGGAGAUGAAGCUGAAGCAGGAGAAGGAGGGGAGAAUUAACCGGCCUUCCAACUUUUGUCUGCCUCAUUCUAAAAUUUACACAGUAGACCAUUUGUCAUCCAUGCUGUCCCACAAAUAGUUUUUUGUUUACGAUUUAUGACAGGUUUAUGUUACUUCUGUUUGAAUUUCUAUAUUUCCCAUGUGGUUUUUAUGUUUAAUAUUAGGGGAGUAGAGCCAGUUAACAUUUAGAAAGUUAAUCUGUUUUCAUCUUGAGGUGGCCAAUAUGGGGAUGUGGAAUUUUUAUACAAGUUAUUAAUGUUUGGCAUAGUACUUUGGGUACAUUGUGGCUUCACAAGGGCCAGUGUUAAAACUGCUUCCAUGUCUAAGCAAAGAAAACUGCCUACAUAUUGGUUUGUCCUGGUGGGGAAUUUAAGGGAUAAUUGGUUCCGUCAAAGGUGUAGUUACUGUGGGUACUUUAAGGUUUGGAGCACUUACAAGGCUGUAGUAAAAAUGGAUAUCCCACAGAUAUUACAUGUUAGAACGUGUGUAUUUGUGGAAUACUUAAUACCUUUGCCUACAGCUGCGGAAAAGUGUUCCUUGAGACAAAGUUGUGAUCCAGUUUACUCGGUUAAGGGCAGAUACGGUUCACAUUCCAUUAUAUGUAAAGUUACCUGCUGUUUGCUUUCAUUAUUUUUGCUACACUCAUUUUAUUUGUAUUUAAAUGUUUUAGGCAAUCUAAGAACAAAUGUACAAGUAAAGAUGCAGUAAAAAAGAAUUGCUUGGUAUCCAUUAUUUCAUGUAUAUCAAGCAUAGCAGUCAAACAAAAACCCCAUGUAUUUAACUUUUUUAGGUUUUUUUUGCUUUUGUGAUUUUUUUUUUUUUGAUACUUGCCUAACAUGCAUGUGCUGUAAAAAUAGUUAACAGGGAAAUAACUCAAGAUGAUGGCUAGCUUUGUUUAAUGUCUUAUGGAAUUUUCAUGAACAAUUCAAGCAUAAUUGUUAAGAACACGUGUAUUAAGUUCAUGUAAGUGGAAUAAAAGUUUUAUGAAUGGACUUU